AUGCAGAUAUCAAAUCAUUCUCAAUGCUAUCCUGAAAAUGAAGUGCCAUAUCUUUUUAUUUCCAAACUUCCAUUUUUAAUUUCAAAAAAUUAUGACCCAAAAACAAUUCCUGAACGUGGCAUCAUUUUACUUCCUCUCACAACUGAAGUUAUCAUAAGUUUUAUCAAAGAUGAUCUUGAUUAUUUCUUAAAACUUUCAAAACCAGAUACAAAUUUUACAAAUUUUGGAUUUUAUUUUGAAGAAAGACCAGAUGAUUUAUAUUCAUUUAUAAAUGUUGCAGCGUAUUACGGAUCAGUUAAUAUAUUCAAAUACUGCAUUUCAAGUCAAACAAACUUUAUUAUUUUACCACAAUUUGUUAUUGCAGGUGGUUCUAAAGAAAUCUUAAGAAUUUGUGAACAACAAGGAAUUAAACUUGUUGAUUAUGCAGUCAUUGCAUUAUUAUAUAGAAGAGAUGAUAUAUAUGAAUGGUUGCUUGAGAAAGUACGAAAAUAUCCAUCAAAUCAAUUAUAUUUUUGCACAGAAACAUAUUCUAUUAAAAAGUUUUAUGAAUUUUGUCAACUGAACAAAAAAGCUCUUAACAACAGUUAUUUCAUUCCAUUUUUGAUUGAAAACAUGAAAGAAGAAAUCAAAUUAUUUGCAGAACAUAUCAUUCCAACAUAUGACAAUGUUUUUCUUACCAAAGAUAGCGAAACACUUACAAAUCUCUUUAAGAAUAUAGAAGAGAAAAACAUAAUUAAUUUGUUUUAUAGAUUCUUGGAUAAUAAUGAUGAAUUCCACAUGAAUUUGUUUUUACAAACACAUUCAUUCAAUUAUUUCACUUUAGAUACACAUUCAUUAGAAAAAAUUAAAACAAAAUUCCCGAAUUUGUAUCAAAAUUUACUCAUAGGUGCUCAAAACCUCUUAAAGAAUGAUGUUAGACCACCACAUAUUUGUAAUAAUUUUGUUUCUCCGUCGGACGCUGAUUUUUAUCUUGAAAUAGUUGCAGAGAAAAAAGAUAUGGAUAAUUUUAUCCAAAUUAUCAACGAAUUCAAAAAUAACGUCAGUGUUAAUGCAGCUGUUAAUAUCGUGAAAACAUAUGAUCUUAUUUGGCCAUCAGUUUUUUAUCAUUUUUCAGAUGAAAUCAUCAAAUCUGAUAAACUAAUUUCUGAUAUGAUCAAACACAUCAAUUUAGAAAAAAUGUCAUAUAUAGAAAGUAAAUAUCAAAAGUCAGGUAAACAAAGAAAUAGUUUUAUAGAUUUAAUGAAUUAUAAGAGUUAUUUCAGGACUUUUGUUCAAAAAUCUUUGGCUUAUUUGAAUGAAUUAAAUCCAUUGAAGAUUUGCAAUUUGAUGAUAUUGACUUUUCAAUACGCUCCUGAUUGCAUGAAGAAUUUUAAUCUCUUUCAAAUAACUGAUUGUCAAACAUUAGAUGAUUACAUUUAUCAAGUUGUUAAUAACAAAACAUUUUUCUCACCAUUUCUUGAGAAUAUUGAAAGUUGCAAAUCAUUGAUAGCAGUUGAUCAUCGUUUUAUCAUGGGAAUGUCUUCACUUGCAUCGAACAAAGAAUUUGUUGAAUACGCCAUCCCUUUAAUUGGAAGAAGCGAACAUAGAUCAUAUCUUCACAAGUUCUUAAUGAAUCCUGAAAUUAAAAAGCAUUAUACAGUUCAAGAACUAUAUGCAAAUGUUUCUAGGACAAACAGUAUUUUAUUCGAUUAUAUAGAACUAACAAAAGAAGAAUUUGAUUUUGUGCAUAAUGAAAAUAAAAAAGCUGCUAACAGAUUAUAUAAAAAUCCGAAAAAUGCAGUUUAUGUCCCAAAGGAUAAGGUUCUGAAUUAUGCAAUGACUACUGGUAAUUAUGGAUCCUUAGAGCACAUAAAAUUAACGACAAAAAAUAUUGCUUCGAUUGAGAAACUAUCGACUGCCAGAAGCUCAUUUCCUUUGAUUAGAAAUGAAGAUUUCAGGACAAAUAUUCAUACAAAUUUCAUCAUUAAUUUGUUGAAUAGCAAUACUAAAUUGAUUAAUACAGAAGAUGCUAUAUUAGCUAUCAAUGAGUUGAUCACUCGUCGCAAAUCAGAAUUCCAAGAAAACAAAAUCAUUCCAUGGUUUAAAUACAUCAUUAAAUGUUACAAAUUGACAGAAUUUCUUAAAAUUGCUGAAGGAAUUCUUGACAAAUCCACAUUAUUUGAAAUAUAUCAGCGUUGUCACUAUCCAUUUAACUUAAAUGGUGUUCAAAUAGAUUUGAAUAACAUCGAAAAAUUUGAUGGAAAAACAGUCAAAAGUAUUUAUGAGAACUUCCAAGUUCCACAUGAUUACCACAUGAAAUAUCUUCUUCAAGUUAUCAAACACGAAGAUUCUCCUGACAUCAUUGAUUACAUUUUUUCACAAAGUAAGAUGAACAUUGACGUUUUUGUUGAUAAAACACCACUCCAAAUCGCAGUUAAAUACAAUCGUCCACAAACAGUUUUAUACUUAUUGAACAAAGGUGCAAAAGCAGGAUAUAUUGGAGAAUGCACAUGUCUUAGUCUUACCGAUGAUGAAGAAAUGAAGAAAAUCUUGCUUCCUCAUGCUGAUAUUGAAGAAAAUAAUAAGUAUUUGAUUUCAGUAUCUAAUGAUAAUGAUGUUGAUUUCCUCAUUAAAUGCAAGAAAUUUAUUAAAUCAAAUGACAACAUAGUCAAUAAUAUACAUUUUCAUUUUAAUCAUACCAUGUUUGUUGAAUAUCUUUUUAGUUGGGAAGUUUCUCUUGAGGAAGCAUUUUCAUAUUUAAUUCCAAUGGUCCAAGAAAAUAAAAUAAUUUAA